AUGUCAAGAUCACCCGGAAAAUACGAUAGUCGAUCACCCGACGUAGAGAUGAGUCCAUCUCUGUCCCCUUCACGAUCGAGGAGACCAGACGCACAGGAUGAAGAGGAAGUACCUGCAAAACGAAUGCGAACAGAUCGAAAAGUGGAAGAUAAAGCUAGGAACAAGCGAUUGUUCGGUAAUAUAUUAGGUACUUUGCAGAAAUUCCAGAAAGAUGAUAAAUCAUCGAGGACGAGUGAAGCUGCCAAACGAAGAGAACAAGUCUCAUCUCGGAUAGCAGCGAAAUUACGAUCAGAAACUACAUUACAUAACGAGAUUGCGGAAUCGGAGAGGGAGAUCAAGACGUUGAGGAUAAAUACUGAAAGUGCAGAGUAUAUUUUGAGGCAUAAGGAAGUUGCUUUGAAAGCUAGACACGACUUCCUCAAACCCACUUCCAAAUUCCUCUAUACAUCCUUACCACCUGAUGAACCUCUGAUAUUCGAAACCAACUUAUUGAACCCUUCGCCAAUACCAUUCAUAAAAGGACCAAGUAGAGAACCUCCUCGUGGAAAGGAACUAGCGCCAUUAUAUUACUUACCUAAAAUCCUCUUACCAUCCCAAACAUCAGCCCUUAAAUCCCGCCAAGCCAACAUCUCCGAAGUCAUAUCCGAAGAAAUCGACGCCUUGCAGAAGGAGAAAGAAAGAGUAUCGAGUGAAUCGAUAAAGAAUAAAGAGAGGAUCGAAGAGUUGAGUGAAAAAUUGAGAGAAUUGAGGAAACAGGUUAAACCUGCCAACAAAGAUGGGGAUAGCGGUAGGGAUAGGGAUGAUUUUGGUAGGACGCCCAGAGAGGAGAUGGACCUUGAUCGCGAACGAGAACGAGAACGAGAACGAGAACGAGAACGAGAACGAGAACGAGAACGAGAACAACCAAAGGAGAAGGAAAAGGAGGGAGAAGAGAGAGGAGUGGUGAUUAAAGGUGAUGAAGGUGAUAUAGAGGUUGAAUACUAA